ACAGAGUACUAUUGGGAAAUCGAGCCGACGCCAAAUGUUGUAGAGCAGGCUGCCUGCUAUUCAAAAGUUGAUCCUUGCCCACCGGCUCUUAAAGAUUGCUCUGAUGAAUUCGUUUGUUCUUUGUCAACCAACAAAUGCUGCUGCCCGUCGUCUGUGUCGACCGCCCCGCCGACUCCUAAGCCAAGUUUGUAUUAUGUUCGCCAAUAGACCUUUUUACCGAUACGGCUGCCAUAUUGAAUUUAUUAGGUUUAAGGGGUAUUAUGGGAUGCCCAGGGGGCACUCGCUCAGUAUUCACGCGCGCUUUUCGGGCUAAAAGAGAACUUCACUGUAUAUAUUUAUUUCAGGAAAAAGGCGGUCAUUAUUAAAUACAAACACAGCACAACGAUCUUUUUUUUCCCAUUACAAUCUUUUUUUAGGAAAACUUAAAGAAAAAUUGGCCCGAAAAGUGCGCGUAAGUACUGAGUGAGUAUACCGGAUUGUGCUCAUGCCCCCUGGGCAUCCCAUAAUACUCCUUAAAUCUAAUUAAUUCAAUAUGGCCGCCGCAUCGGUAAAAGGUCUAUACCUUUAAUAUAUAGAUUUAGCCAGGGCUAAAAGCGAAGCACUUGUCAAUAUACUUAUAGUUUACUCAAACAAAAAAUAAAAUAAAGGCAACAACAAAGGUCUAAUUUAGCAAAAAAGACAACUUUGUACUUGCAGCGCACUAUUUUUGUACAUUUUUUUUACCAUUGUUUUGCACUACUAUAGGGCGAAACUUCCUAGUUUAUACACGUUUUAUUGAGGAAACGUCAUAUGUAUUCCUGUUCAUUUUUUUUUCACUGGCACUCAUUUUCACCUUGGAGGCGGCUAGCAUUUGUCAUUUUCUCAGCACCUCUAUAAAAUUUUCCUGUUUUCCUUCCAACGAAAUUCGUCACCUUUGUAUUUUAUCUUUCACUUUAGCUCUUUCUUCUGUUACCCACCUCAGUGUACACAUUAGGAUUUAGUCCAAAAAAAAAAAAAAGACAUACUUCGAUUUGCUGUCGUUUUUUCUCUCGAAAAGUCUGGGUGGCCAUGCGAUUUACCGCCAAAAACGCGCGGGUGCUAGAAAUGCGAAUUUCUUGCCGGCUCUCAUGAAGAGGUGGACGUACGUGUUUGUGAUUUUGACAGAACAAAUUUUUUUACCCAUGGGGCUCCGCUCGAUAGUUUCCUCUAUUAUCUCCUUAAAAUUGUUUACAAAUUCGCAGUUUGGAGUUAAAUACACUAGACGGAGCCGAUAUAAAUUUCACUCGCUAAAUGCGUUGCUCAAGUACUCAGCAUCAUUCACUAUCCAAACUUUUUACGGGAUUAUUUUUGGUUGAAAUUCAUAGACGGAUCCAGAAAAUUCAGAAAUUGGUGGUCGGGACGCUUGAUCACUUGCCAGCUAUAUCCUCGUCCCCCUCGGCCCACCGCUAAAUCCCCCCGUGAUGUGCGGAUUGUUUGCGGUCCAUUUUGGGCAUAAUUUGCGGUACUGUGCCCGCCUUUUUCGCAAGCAAAACGUAACAAGUUACUAAUAUAAUAUAUAGAUUUAGCCAGGGCUAACAUCGAAGCUCUCUUUACUGUAUAUUGUUUAUUCAAACUUAAUAUAAAAUCGGGGCAACGAAAACGAUGAAAAAACCAGUAGGUCUAAUUAGCGAAAAAAAAUGAAAGAACUCUACACGUGCAGCACAAUUCUUUGUACAUUUCCUUACCUUUGUUUUCCACGACUACAACGUGAAACUUCCAGAAACUUCCUAGUAUCGUUUUAUAGAGGAAAUGUUGUAUGCCGUGUACCUGUUCACCUUUUUUUUUUUUCGCUGCUGCUCAUUUUCACUUUGGUGGCCGCUAGCAUUUCUGACUUUUUCACCGCCGCUAUAAAUCUUUCAUGUUUUUCUUCCAACGAAAUUUUGACUCCUCUUUCAUCUCCUGCUCUAGUUCUUUCUCUGUUAUCUACGCUAAUAUAGACAUAAAAAUUAACAAUCGCUUUUGUUGUUGUUGUUAUUUAUCUCUAAAAGUUCGGGCGGCUAUGCGAUUUAUCCCUGAAACGCCCCGGUCCUUCUCAGAACCCAAAUUUCUUGGAUGCAUAGAUAACCAAAGUUUCUUUAUACCCAUGGCGCUCCGCUUCGCGCGAGAGCUCCGCUACAACCACCACAAUAAAUGACAAUUUUCAAUACUUCCGUCUGAAAAAUCGACAGUUUCGGACUACCGGAGUAACGUGCCCAUGAGCUGAGAAAGCAAUCUCAAGGGCUUUUCUGGCCCUGCGUGGCGGGUGUAAAAAAGGGGAGGGGAGAGGAGGGGAGGGAGAGAAGUGUGAAAGGGCAAUACCCCUCUCUUUACCCCUUCUUCUCUCACCCUUUUCGAGGCCUGUCACGCAUGCUCAGGCCAGGGCUCCUAAUCUCCAAAACAGCUUAUCGUCAGUAGGAAUUAGAAUUUACAGGUGAUAUUCACCGACAUAAUCCCCCGUUCUUCCCUCCUCUUCUACAGAAUAAUAAAUAACAAUAUUCACUGAAGUAGAGGUGGCUAAACAUCCACCACUAGCACCACUAGCCACCGGCACUAAUAAUAAUAAUAAUGAUGAUGAUGAUGAUAAUAAUAAUAAUAAUAAUAAUAAUAAUAAUAAUAAUAAUGAUAAUGAUAAUGAUAAUGAUAAUGAUAAUGAUAAUGAUAAUGAUAAUGAUAAUAAUGAUAAUGAUAAUGAUAAUGAUAAUGAUAAUAAUAAUAAUAAUAAUAAUAAUAAUAAUGAUGAUGAUGAUGAUAAUAAUAAUAACAAUAAUAAUAAUUUUUUCUUUACAGAGUACUGUUAUGAAAACGAGCCGAAGCCAGAUGCUAUACGGCAGGCUGACUGCUAUUCAAAAGUUGAUCCUUGCCCACCGGGUCUUAAAGAUUGCUCUGAUGAAUUCGUUUGUCCUUUGUCAACCAACAAAUGCUGCUGCCCAUAG